CUGUAGCAGGCAACAGGCAUCAGGUUGAUAAGAAGAACUGAUGUAUUUAUUGAACGCGAAUAACAUCAACAACUAAUAAUGUUUUGAAAUUAUAAAUUUGCCCAUAAUAAUUGUAUAACAUUAUUCAUCAAGCGCAAAGUGCAUUAAACGCUCGCCCGCUGUUGGGUAUUUUAUAUUUAGUAACACCUUAAUACCAUCAUUUUUAAACGGAGAACUCUUUUUGUUAAGUGUACGUGCUUGAAGUAAUGUUGCUCUUAUUUAUAUAAGACUACUUGCUAUACAGCCAGUGUCAUGCGAAAAUAGAUCUUAUUUCAGUAAAUAACAUUACUUCGGCAUUGUAAAAUUGCGUAUUGUAUGAUUAUAAUAUAUAGACAUUUAUUUAAUGUACUGAUAUCUAAAUCAACUUAUGAUUUUACCGGUAUUAUGGCAUUGAACGCGUGUAUAAAAGGCACAUAUACUAUUCUUAUUAAAUCAUAUUAAUACUUAUACUAAUUUAAGUCAUCACAUAAUCAGAUUGCGCACUGCGUGUAAUCAGAUUAUCACCUUAAAACGAUUCCGAUGGAUUAUUAAAUCGAGCUUACUAUUCAAAUCAGUGAUUCCUUGUGGUACAAUCAAGCAUGGGAUAAUGGCAGACAUACCCAUGGCACAGUUCAUGAUUUAUUUUAUGUAGCUCACAGCCGAGGAUCGAACCAAUGGUAUCUGAUAUUUUGAAGCGGAUAUGUUGCCACUAGGCUAUACGAGGUUUCAAGAAUGAACAUGGGUCAGUUACUCUAUCGGUAUAGAAUCUGACGGUGUUUACAACAUGAUACAGAAGCAUAAAUAUUACGUAUCUGAACAUCAUUCUUUCAUGUUAGUUUGAAAAAGUAUGUGUAUUUCUAGGUCUUUGAUGUGCUGAUUUAAUUUUAUUUGUUUACCUUACAGACUCUGGAAAAUGGCCCUGAAGCAGAUGAGACGAAUUCCACACCAGAAACUGAGGAAAUGUCAGAUAACCGUUCACCAGACUUGAGUUUCGAGAACGAGGCAGAUGGUUUGUUGGUUGAAAGCAGUGCAUCACUACUAGACGUAUCUCUAAGACUCCAUGACUAUGGAAGGUUUACACCAGUACCCGCCAUAAUCCGUCAUCAGUGUGAACAAGUGCAACCGGAGCUGAUUUCUGUGGUUACUCAAACCGACGAUACGAGAGUUCCCAGAAGUAUAUCAACCCAGACUUCUACUGAAACGUCGACAGUUGGGAUACAAGUGGAUCGGCCUAGCUUCACCUUUGAGGAUAUAAGGGAUGAUGACGAUAAGGUGUUGUUCUACACUGGUAUCCCAACUGCUGGAACUUUUGAGUGUUUAUUUGAUGAGGUCAGUGUUGGAAUGAAAGCAGGGUUAGCACGAAAAACCUGUCCCCGGAAAAUAAAGUGUGUUUAUAAACUGAAAAUAGUCAUGCUAAUAUAAACUGGAAAAGUGGCUCCUUAAAACUAGUACAAAUUAAGUUUGAUAAGAAGCUGAACAAGUGAACUUUGUGAGAAAUUCAGUAUACAAUUUAACUAGAAGUGUUUGACCAUUGCAUGUAUGUAUAAGUAAUAUACUAUGUAAUUAUGUGAAUAAUACUUAAUUUCACAUUUUAC